CAAUCUCCACCAAAACAAAAACAAAAGAAAAGAAAAAGCGCCAUUAAACCAUUCUCCUAUCUGCGGAAGCACCAAGGAAGCCGCCGAGCCCGAGCGCCAUGGCCGAGGAGGAGGGCGUCGCGCGCGGCAAGAGGGCGGAGGCGGCAUCGCCUCUGUCCGCGCUGGCGGAUGACGUGCUGCUACAGAUCCUGGGCCGGCUGGAGGGGGACCCGCGGGACUGGGUGCGGGCCUCAUGCGCGUCACCGCGCCUCGCCGCGCUGCUCCGGUCGGCGUGCCUCCCGCCGCGCCUGUCGCGAGCGCUCCCCGCCGAGCUCCUGCCCGCGCCGCCCCCCGACGGUGCCCCCGAGGCCUGGGCGGCGCUCCACAAGCUCUCCGUCUGCUGCCCGGGGCUCCUCCGCGCCGGCGUGCUCCUCGAGCCCACCGACGACUUCGAGCUUGAGCUCGACAUCGGACCCUCCCGCCCUCCCGCCGACGCCUCCUCCGUCGAGGGUCUCGAGUCCACGGCCACCUCGCGUGAUCCCAGAGACGCGCCGGCCUCCGAGGCCGACGUCGCGGCGCCCGAGGCCGGGAACGCGCCUGGCGCCGGCGGCUCCAGCGACGCCGCGGGGGGCGCGUGGUCGCUCUACGACGACCUGUACCUGGACGCGGCCUACGACUUCUCGUCCGAGCCGCAGAUCCCGCCUGCGGCUCCCGCGGCGGCGAUCCGCGAGGAGGGAGCAACGACCAAUGCCGGCAGCGGCGGCGGCGUCAUCCGGCGCGGCGUGGUGGCCGGGAGCAGGCGGAGGGCGCGGCGGUGGCUGGGCCCCGUUGGGCCGCACCUGGCGUCGGGGUCCUGGACGCUGAGCCGGGAGCAGGGGAACAAGCUCCUGGCCAGCCGCUUCCGCGGCGACCGGCUCUACCUCUGCGACUGGCCCGGGUGCGUGCACGCCGAGGAGCGCCGCAAGUACAUGGUCUUCCGCGGCGUGUUCCACAACUUUGCCCGGUCCCAGGUGCGCCGCGCGCUCAGGGAGACGCGCCGCCCCACCGUCGCCGUCGAGUGCGCCUUCUGCGGCUGCAAGGAGGCGUGGGACCUCUACUCGGCCUUCUGCCUCCGCAGCUUCUACGGCUAUCACGACGACGGCGAGCCCGUGGUGCGCGCGUACGUCUGCGAGAACGGCCACGUCGCCGGCGCCUGGACCGAGCGGCCCCUCUACUCCUGAUUUUGAGUGGCCACCUGACUGACAUGGAGUACAGAAUUUGCAUCAGGUGCAGUGCAAUCGUGCUUACUGCCAACUAUCAAUUCUUCCUGGAGUGCAAUUGCAACGCUUUGAUUCGAGGUCCUUUUUUCUUUCCCUGUGAUGUAUCAAGUCUGGAUUCCUAUUUUCUUGAAUGGCAUAUGGAUUCGUUGCAUCCUGCAUCC